GGGCAACGGGGCUGGAGCGCAAGGCCCGGCGGGCUGUGGGGUAGGGGAGCCGCAGGGGUCCUUGGACCCAGCUACAGCUGCUUCCUGUUGCCUCCGGCCCCCCGCCGGUCCACGGUCGUUAGUUGCUCUGCAGGCGCCCCGCUCUGCUGACCCGGUGCCCCCAGGCUUUGGACGCCCAUCCCUGUUUAAGCCUGAACCGCGGGCCUCCCCCCAGUCCUCCCCCCCGCACCCCGCACUCUGUGUCCCCUCUUUGGGCCUCUUACUCCGUCUCCUCCCACUUCUGUGUUCUGAGAGCUGGGUCUCAGGUUGGAGGUCCUCUCCCACUCCCCACCCUUGCCUCCAGGCUCUUCCUUCAUCCCUUACCUGGUACCCAAAUCAGUCGCCCUCUCUACCCAGGGUGUCCUCGGAGAUCAUCUCUGACCCCUCGUUAUCCUGCCUUUGUCGUCCCAUCCUUGCUCUCUCAGUCUGCUCUCUUUUCCCAUCCUUAUCCUUUCCUUACCUGGUGUUAAGCUCCCCGUCGUCUUCUUCGCGGUAUUAGGCUUUUUCAGCCGGUGUCUGCAAUCCCAGUCAACCUACGCCCCUCCUACCCAGGUUGCCCCCAGAGGCCCUGUUUUUGCUUCAUUCUCUGAUUUCCUUCCAGUUAGCCCUGUCCCCUGCAUUCCUGACACCCGUCUCCCUUCCCUCCCAGUUCUUUGCCUCUGCUUCUGGGAGAAGCAUUAGUUCCAAAUACAACUUUGCUUUCCUUUGACCUGCAGUUGAGAGAGUCAUGGUUUGGGGGCGGGGGUGUUCAGCCCGCGAUUGAAGUAAGAGACUGAAUGUCAGCGGUAAAUAGCAGCGUCGCGUGGUGUUUUGGGUAUGCACGUGGUACUCACACAGUGGCUGCUGUUCACCGACAGAUGAGGACAGAUGCACCAAAGAGGUUGACAGGAACUGCCCUGUAGAGGUCCAUCUGCACUCAGACCCAGAUGAUGCCAGAGCUAUGACCGGGCCUGCAGGCGUGGCGCCGAGGGGAAGUCAGCCAUGGAGCAGCCGCCGGAGGAAGCCCCUGAGGUCCGGGAAGAGGAGAAGAAAAAGGAAGUGGCAGAGGCCGAAGGAGGCCCAGAGCUCAAUGGGGGACCAGAGCACUCGCUUCCCUCCAGCAGCUGUACAGAUCUCUCCCAGAGCUGCUCUCCACCCGCGCUGCUGGACCAGCUGCAGAUGGGCUGCGACGGGGCCUCGUGCGGUGGCCUCAGCAUGGAGUGCCGGGUGUGCGGGGACAAGGCAUCAGGCUUCCACUACGGAGUCCACGCUUGCGAGGGGUGCAAGGGCUUCUUCCGCCGGACAAUCCGCAUGAAGCUGGAGUACGAGAAGUGUGAGCGGAUCUGCAAGAUCCAGAAGAAGAACCGCAACAAGUGCCAGUACUGCCGCUUCCAGAAAUGCCUGGCGCUGGGCAUGUCUCACAACGCCAUUCGCUUUGGCCGGAUGCCCGAGGCAGAGAAAAGGAAGCUGGUGGCUGGGCUGACGGCAAACGAGGGGAGUCAGCACAACCCGCAGGUGGCUGACCUGAAGGCCUUCUCCAAGCACCUCUACAGCGCCUACCUGAAAAACUUCAACAUGACCAAAAAGAAGGCCCGCGCCAUCCUCACCGGCAAGGCCAGCCACACAGCGCCCUUUGUGAUCCACGACAUCGAGACGUUGUGGCAGGCCGAGAAGGGCCUGGUGUGGAAGCAGCUGGUGAAUGGCCUGCCGCCCUACAAGGAGAUCAGCGUGCACGUCUUCUACCGCUGCCAGUGCACCACGGUGGAGACGGUGCGCGAGCUGACCGAGUUCGCCAAGAGCAUCCCCAGCUUCGACCACCUCUUCCUCAACGACCAGGUGACCCUUCUCAAGUACGGCGUGCACGAGGCCAUCUUCGCCAUGCUGGCCUCCAUCGUCAAUAAGGAUGGGCUGCUGGUGGCCAACGGCACUGGUUUUGUCACCCGCGAGUUCCUGCGCAGCAUCCGAAAGCCCUUCAGUGACAUCAUUGAGCCCAAGUUUGAGUUCGCUGUCAAGUUCAAUGCCCUGGAACUCGAUGAUAGUGACCUGGCUCUCUUCAUCGCAGCCAUCAUUCUGUGUGGAGACCGGCCAGGCCUCAUGAACGUGUCACAGGUGGAGGCCAUCCAGGACACCAUCCUGCGGGCCCUCGAGUUCCACCUGCAGGCCAACCACCCCGACGCCCAGUACCUCUUCCCCAAGCUGCUGCAGAAGAUGGCAGACCUGCGGCAGCUGGUCACCGAGCACGCCCAGAUGAUGCAGCGGAUCAAGAAGACCGAGACCGAGACCUCGCUGCACCCCCUGCUCCAGGAGAUCUACAAGGACAUGUACUGAGGGGUGCGCCUUGGGCCUCCCAACAGGCCUCCCGGAGCAGGUGGACGGCGCGGGGACAGACACUGCCUGCGGGACGUUUCCGUUGACCAGCCCGAGCCCUCAGCCGAGCAGCAGGUCACAGGCUCAGCCAGACGCACGGCCUCCCACUCCUUAUAGCCCUGCCUCCUCUCCCUCCUCAGCUCCCCUCUCUCUCAUCUCUUUGCUCUUUCUUUUCCUUCCUCUCUCAGCCUCGCUUUCUCUCUCCCCAUCCUGUCUGUCCAUCUUUCUCUUCCUGUGAGACAGUUUGUGUUAUUUCACCAGCACCAAAACAAGACCGCUGCUUUGUCCCCUGCUCCCCGGCCCCGGAGCAGGAGGGGGCAGGGCCUGCCCUCUGCACCAACCAUCGCCUUCUCCAGUCUUCAAAGGACACGCAGGCCAUCCAAAGAAACACUAAGCUCUCCGGGCCUGGCUUACUGGGGAAGCCACGCAGGGCCUGGGCUGAGUGCCGAGCAGCCCUAGCCACAGGGUCCCUGGGGGAGGCCGCCCACCCGAGGCUGAGGCUGGCACCCCAUGGCUGAGCGGACCCCGCUCCUGCAGCAUGCCUCAGCCCCACAGACGCCCACCCCUCUUUUGUUUUUCUUUGCACCAGUCUUCCAGGCCAGUGCCACUGUGCUGGCUGCUGGCGGAUGCCCCCAGCCUGGAUGGAGGUGGGAUUCCCUCCAGGUGGGGGCGCCCACACCCCCAUUGAAGAGGAGCAUGCCUCAAGGGAGCAGUUGGUAGGGAAGGCAGUGGGCAGCAGACUUGAUUCUGACCCCAGGCCUUGGGUGGGUCCUCCCUCAGCACCCCACUCUCUCCAGCCUCUGCAGCAGCCACUGAGCCCUGCCCACGCUGUGUCAGCAUCGCACCUCCCACCUCCGCAGCACCCCGGCUUGGCCUCAGCCACGCCCUUCUUUCUCCAGCCGGGCGACACUGGCUCCAGCCCAGCUGAAGCGCACACUCCCUGGAGCGCCUCCAGCACACGCAGCACGAGCACUGAAAUCACUUUACCUGCAGGUUCCACAACCUCGGCCUCCCUCCUGAGGCAGGUGGACCACAGAGCUGUGCCCCUGACUCCCCGGGCGGGCGGGGAGCCCUGCUGCCCCAGCCCAGCACUGCUCGCAGGGGAGGUACCCAGGAUGAACUGAUCCCGCUCACUUGUGACACCCAUUUGUUCCAGCAGCUCUGCUGCCCUCCCCUUUCCUUGUGAUUGGCCCAGCCAGGCACCUGGAGCUCUCCCUGCACCGCUUCUGGUGACCAGGGACCCUGCCAGGCCCAGUCGCACUCCUGGCCCCACCCCGGCCCCCUCCCCAGUGACAGCACUCACCUCAGCAGGGGCUGAAGCACAGCUGGGGCCCCGUCUGAGCGGGAGGACAGGGCACUUUUCCAGGGAGGAAGCUGACCUGGAGCGCCCAGGGGCUGGCUAGGGUCUCUGAGAAGGUGGCGGAAGACCUGGGGUUAGCGCCCAGGUUCCUGGGUCCUGUCUGGUCUUCCUUCCCGGGGGUACUCUGUGCUGGCAGGAUUGUCCCCUCCCGGCCACACACCACUUCCCAUCCUUGCCCCCCCCUCCCGGUCUGGUACUGAGGCUACAGCUCUUCUCAGUGUCUGAACAAUCUCCAAAACUGAAAUGUAUAUUUUUGCUAGGAGCAGCUUCCUGUUUUUAAUAUAAAUAGUGUACACAGACUGACAGAACUUUAAAUAAAUGGGAAUUAAAUAUUUAAGAGUUGA